ACCUUCAGCAUAUAUACAUGGCUGCGGCCACCAUAUUUCUCAUUCUGAAUCUGUCUUACUUCGCCCGAUCCAUCCAUCCGGUCUUGUGGGAUAGUCUCUGAACACCAGUUGAUUAUUUUACUUGGCUGAUACUACUUCUACCAGGAUCAAGAUGAACAAAUUUCUGUGGGCCUGUGUGGCUGUUGUGGCUCUUGCUGUUGUGGCUGAGUCUCUGACCUGUAACACCUGCAGUGUUGGGGUCCUCAACACAUGUCUCUUCGGUUCUACGGCAACAUGCUCUGCCUCAGAGCCUAACUGCUACAAGGGUCAAGCAACGUUCAACGUCUCAUCGAUCGUCAACCUCUACACCAAGGGCUGCUUGGCCUCCUCGUCCUGCAACACCACCACGUCUGGUAAUAUUCUGGGCGCUGGCUACAGCGUGUCCAGGACCUGCUGCAGCACAGACCGCUGCAACGGAGCCAGCUCCAUCCAGCUUCCCCUGACAGCUGCCUUGGGCGCCGCCCUGGUGGCCUUGUGGAGCAGCCGGGCCUUCUAAGCCAGCUCAGCCUCUUUGUCCCCGGUAGAUGACUAACAGAGAGGGACCUUUUAAUGAUCUUUAUUUACAAUGCGCUCAAACUGGUUGAACUCGAUUGAAGUGUGCAAUGUUUAUUCUGGUUGGUUAGCUUUUCAGCCAGCACCUCUCAGACACCUUUACACAACAUUAUUCUGUCUUGUUUGUUCUGUCCACCCAGUCAUUGUGGUGGGUUUGAUUAAACAGUCACAGGCAUUAUAGCUCUUUGCUUCAUCCCAUUAUGUAUAAUUCACACUGUUCCUCACUGACAAUUACUGUAAAGGACUAUUUCUGUAUUUUGUGAACCAGUGUGUUACCAUUUAGCCUACAUGUGCCUAAUGUGUUUGACAACAAUCAUUAAAAUGUUUCUAAUCUUUUAAAGCAUA